CCCCUUAUUUGUAUUUGUAUCUAAAUAAAAGAAUGCGAGAAGCUUUGGUAGUAAAUGGCCGUAGUAUGAAGUUUAUCUGCAAAUAUCACUUUGGAUUGUCCGAUCUCUGCGUUUUCUUCAGAGCACCCAGGAACUGGUACACCACAUUGCUUCGGACCCAGGACAUCCCAACCGAAUGUACACAAGAGUUUUAUCUGGGUAUCUCAUUAGACCCUAAAACUUAUACGAAUCUCCUUCAGUCAUGCACCAGAGAUGGGUCUCUGAUCCAUGGGAAGCUCAUACACGCUCAUAUGAUUAAGACCUCUUUCAAACCAUGCCUGUUUUUGGAAAAUGUUCUGUUAAACAUGUAUUGUAAGUGUGGGGAAAUGGACAUGGCCCAAGUCUUGUUCGAUAGAAUGCCGAAGCGAGAUAUUGUUUCAUGGAAUUCUCUUGUUUCUGGGUAUUCCCAUAUGGGUUUUUAUGUUAAAGGUAUGAAUGCAUUUAAGGAAGCUAGAAUAGCUUGUACUAGACUAGAUAAAUUUACUUAUGCCAGUGCUUUGAACGUGUGUACUCGAAUGGGCGAUCUGAAGUUUGGUAAAUUGAUUCACGGCUUGAUUAUUGUUAGUGGUUUUGGUUUGCAAGUCUUCUUGACUAAUUCGCUUAUUGACAUGUACUCAAAGUGUGGUUCUGUCGACCAAGCAAGGUUUUUAUUCGACAAUACUGAUAAGUUGGAUGAGGUUUCCUGGAAUUCAUUAAUUGCGGGUUAUGUUCGGGCUGGUUUGAAUAAGGAAAUGUUGAGAGUUCUUGUUCAGAUGCAUCAAACUGGACUACAGUUGAAUAGUUAUGCUUUGGGUAGCGUCCUAAAGGCAUGCUCCUCAAGUUUUGACGGUUCCAUAGAAUUAGGUGAAAUGCUUCACUGCUGUGUGGUAAAACUUGGUUUAGAUACUGAUGUUGUCGUUGCAACUGCAUUACUUGAUAUGUAUGCAAGGAUUGGGGAUUUGAACAGCGCAAUCCUGAUAUUCAGCUUUAUGCCCCGGCGGAAUGUUGUCAUGUUCAAUGCCAUGAUUGCCGGGUUUUUCCGUUCAGAGGCUGAAAUCUCUAAUGAAUUUGCAGAGGAGGCCCUAAAUUUGUUCUCUGAGAUGCGUAAAAGAGGAAUGGAACCUUCAAAGUUUACAUUCUCAAGCAUACUCAAAGCUUGCAAUGCUCUUAAAGCUUUUGACUAUGGAACGCAAAUUCAUGCUCAGAUAUUCAAGAACUGUCUACAAUUUGACGAAUUCAUUGGGACUGCACUUAUUGACUUGUACUCGAUGUCAGGGACAGUUGAAGAAGCAUUGAAAUGUUUUCAUUCAAUCCCUAAACUAGAUGUUGUAUCAUGGACAUCAAUGAUUGGUGCCUGUGUUAAUAAUGGUCAAUUUGAACAUGCAUUGGAUCUAUUUAAUGAAUUACUGGCAUCCGGAGGAAAACCAGAUGAAUUCACAAUAUCAAGUGUGUUGAGUGCUUCUGCAAAUUUGGCUGCAGCAAGAUCUGGUGAGCAAAUCCAGGGAUAUGCGAUGAAAACUGGAAUUGGACAGUUCACAGUUGUCAGAAAUUCACAGAUAUGUGUGUAUGCAAAGUCAGGGGACAUAGAUGCUGCUAGUCUGACAUUCAAUGAAACAGAAAACCGUGAUAUUGUCUCCUGGUCUGUGAUGAUCUCCAGCCAUGCCCAACAUGGUUGUGCAAAAGAGGCUCUUAACCUCUUUGAGGUGAUGAAAGGUUCUGGCAUUGCACCGAAUCACAUUACAUUCCUUGCAGUUCUAACUGCCUGUAGUCACAGUGGGCGUGUGGGUGAAGGACUCUGGUACUUUGAGAGCAUGAAAAGAGAUUAUGGAAUGGAUCCAAAUGUAAAGCACUGUGCAUGCAUUGUAGACCUCCUUGGUCGUGCUGGAAAACUAGCAGAAGCGGAAAACUUCAUUUUGAACUCAGGCUUCAAGGAUGACCCAGUAAUGUGGCGAGCUUUGUUGGGUGCUUGUUGUCUUCAUAGAGACACUGUCAUUGGGACACGUGUUGCAGAGCAGGUCAUUGAGCUUGAACCUCAGGCAGCUGCAUCUUAUGUACUGCUCUAUAACUUAUACUUGGAUGUGGGCUUGCAGUCAGCUGCCAUGAAAGUAAGAGAAUUGAUGAAAAGUCGAGGUAUUAAGAAGGAACCUGGUCUAAGUUGGAUUGAGAUUGGGACAAUUGUUCAUUCUUUUGUGGCAGGUGAUAGGUCCCAUCCCAAAUGUCAAAUAAUAUAUGCAAAGUUGGAAGAAAUGUUGGAGAAGAUCAAGAAAUUAGGUUAUGUUAAUCCUAUAUCUGUCUUAGAUACCUCUGAGAAAGAUCUUAAGGACAACCUAGUGGUGAAUUACCAUAGUGAGAAGUUAGCUGUAGCCCUUGGAAUGAUUAGCCUGCCCAAGCCGGCUCCUAUAAGAGUAAUGAAGAACUUGAGAGUCUGCCAAGAUUGCCAUAUAACAAUGAAGUUUUUCUCAAAGACAGAAGAUAGAGAGAUCAUUCUCAGAGAUCCAAUAAGAUUUCAUCACUUUAGAGAAGGUUCCUGUUCCUGUGGUGACUAUUGGUAAUAAAUUUGAAUUUUGAAGACAGAUGAUACCUCUUAGAUGAUUGACCACAGAGUUUUGCAUUGUUGCUAUUGCUCAUGAUUCAUGAACACAUAGAACUUCCCAUUGGAAAGUCUUGUGCACGAGUUUCAUUCUGUUUGAGUAUUUGAGAAAUGAGAACCACAUACUGAUAACAUUAUCUAAUAGAUCUCUACCAACAAUGAAAUCAUCCUGAAGCAUCUGGGGACCCCUUGCUAUCAUGGAGAAUCAGUUCAGAUGUUGGCGAAGGUCUACAACAGGAUGGUGUGUUUUCUUCGGUGGUUCACUUGUUUCCUGGAAGUGCAAAAAGCAACCAACAAUAUCUAAAUCCUCUACUAAAUCAGAGUAUCGUGCUAUGUCAUCUGUUUGUAGUGAGAUUGUAAGGUUGGAAGCUCUUCUUCAGGACCUACAUAUUCUGGCCUCUCAUCCAGUUCCUAUCCAUGUUGAUAAUGUUACUGCAAUCAAGAUUUCCUCAAAUCCCAUGUUCCAUAAAUGUACAAAGUACAUUGAAGUUGAUUGCCAUUUUAUUCAAGAUCAGUUUCUUGCAGACCACAUUUCCCUUCCACAUAUCUCUUCUGGACUCCAACUUGCUGACAUCUUCACCAAAGCUAUGAAUCGUGCACAACACAAAUUUCUUGCUGAUAAAGUGAUGUUUCUCUCUUGGCAUCAGUUUGAGGGGGGAGGAGGGAGGGGGGUUGUGAGAAGAGCUGAUUUCAUGUUUUUCCUAUUUGAGAGUACCCUUUCAUGUUUUUCCUAUGGGUCAAGAGGUGUACUAAUUCUUUUGUAGAUUUACCGACCAAACAAGGGGUGGGAAGAAAUCAUUUGUUUUGGACUUAUCUAUGUUUUUAUAAUCUUUUUGGAGGAGUUAAGAGAGUUUCUCUCUCCCUUGCCUUUGUACCUAUCUCUCUUUUUCUAUUACUGAUAA